AUGGAGGAAUCACUUAAGUGUAUCUCCCUCUGUGAUCCUGAGGGCAUCCAUGCCUUCAUCCUGGUCCUACCUGUAGCUUCCCUCACUGAUGACGAUAAGGGAGAGUUGCAGACCAUCCAGAAAACGUUUGGCUCUCAAGUCAAUGACUUCACCAUGAUUUUGUUCACUACAGAGUCAGAUCCUACCGCUCCAGCUGUUGCUAACUUUGUGACAGGAACUGAGGACAUAGAAAAACUGUCUCAGAGCUGUGGAGGAAGACAAGUUGUUCUCAACAUCAAGGACCAACAGCAGAUCCUUGAGUUGUUUGAUAAUGUUGAUCGAAUGAGAUCCCUCAAAGACAGACCAUGUGAGGAUGUGAAACAGACCUCAGAUUGUCUCCGGAUUGUGCUGAUUGGGAAGACUGGAAAUGGGAAGAGCUCUUCAGGAAACACCAUUCUAGGAAGAGAUGAGUUUAAAGCUGAAUCUAAUCAAACAUCCGUCACAAAAUGUUGUCAGAAAGCACAGUGUGAAGUCGACGGUCGUUCAGUUGUUGUUGUUGAUACUCCUGGACUGUUUGACAAUAGUUUGACUCAGGAUGAAGUCAUUGAAGAGUUGGUAAAGUGUAUCGGUCUUUUGUCUCCAGGACCACAUGUUUUCCUCUUUGUGUUGCAUAUUGGGCGAUUCACAAAAGAGGAGAAGGAAACAUUACAACUAAUUAAGGAAAUAUUUGGAAAGAAUUCUGAAAUAUUCACCAUCAUUCUUUUUACAAGAGGAGAUACACUUCAGCGUGAGAAGCUGACCAUUGAAGAAUACAUUAAAAACAGAAGUGAUGAUUCCUGCAGAAAGCUUGUUGCUGACUGUGGAGGACGGUGCCAUGUGUUCAAUAACUAUGAUGAAGGGAACCGUAAGCAAGUGAGUGAGCUGAUAGCCAAGAUUGAGACUAUGGUGAAGAACAAUGGAGGCAGUUGCUACAGCAAUGAGAUGUUUAAGGAGGCUGAGGCUGCGAUACAGAAGAAAAUGGAGAAGAUCUUACAAGAGAAGGAAGAACAGAUGCAGAGAGAGAGAGAGGAACUUGAGAGGAAACAUCAGGAGGAGAUGGAAGCAAUACAAACAAGACUAGAAGAACAGAGUGCAAAAACUGAGCACGAGAAAGAGCUGAGAAUCUUAAUUGUUGACUUGGUGACACCGUGGGCAAGAGCAUCACCACUCCGUUACCACUGGCACUUCUCGCACCGCGUCGGUCGUUCCGAGCAGCGAAAAUCGCUGCGUGCGAGCAGCGGCAUGUUUCCUAACCAAAUCUGGCGCCGCGGCCACGUUUCUUCGCAGGGAUGGUGGUCGCGACGUUUCAGGAACGCUUCGGGCGGCGCUUUCUACUCAGCUCGUCCGUACAUUCCGACAGCAGUCCCCACAGUUGCUGCGCGUCAGUUCUCUGCGGAGAGCAGAGGGAAGGACACCAUGCAAAAUCUAAACGAGCGCCUAGCCUCGUAUUUGGACAAGGUGUCCGAGUUAGAGGCAUCAAACCAGAAACUUGAGCAUCAGAUCCACGAGUAUCUCAACCAGAAGGCACCUGAGGAGCACCGAAACUUCACGGCAAAAUUUCAAACCAUCAGUGAGCUUCGCCAGCAGAUCGGUGACUACUUCUGUACAAUUACGAAGUUAAAUCUGCAGAUUCAACAUGCCCAGUUUGAAUCUCAAGACUAUCAGAUCAAGACUGAGGAGGAGGCCAAGAUGGGCCUGUCCUCUGAGAUGGAGGUCCGCAUGCUGCAGGAACUCCAGAGGCACGGAGAGGCCCAGAAGGCAGAGCUGGAGUUUGAGCUCAGUCAGAAAGAAGAGGAGAUGGCCUACCUUAGUACAGAGCACCAGGAGAGACUUCUUGAAGUCCGCUCACUGGAGUCUGGUUCUGUGAAUGUGGAACUAGUCACCAAAGGGUCUGCAGAUUUGAUUCAGGAGAUUCAUCGGAUCAGAGAGGAGUGUAUGGCUGUGGUCCAGAAAAACCAACAGGAAGUCGAGAAAUGGUUUGACAAGAAGAUGACUGAGCUUCAGGCCCAAGAGACGCACCACUCCACAGAGACUGAAUCCAGCACAACUGGUCUGAGUGAGCUCAAGCAAACCUUCCAGAAUCUAUCCAUUGAGCUGCAACAGCUGCACUUACAGAUGUCGAUCCUAGAGCAGAACAAGAUGGAGAGGACCACCAGGUAUAGCCAGUGUCUCAUUCAGUAUCAGAUGAGGGUGAACAGCGUGGAAUAUGAGCUUCGAAGGCUUCGCUCAGACAUCAGCCAGCAGGGGGCGUUAUACCAGCAGCUGCUUGACAUCAAGACUCACCUGGAACAAGAGAUUGCGCAAUAUAAGAAGACCCUGGAUGGAGAGGGCAUCAGUGAAUAUGUUUCCAGCUCAAACAUCAGUGCUGUCACCUCUAAGCACACCUCCAGCAUCGAGACCGGUUUUAAAGCCAGUACCACAGCCUACAGUGCUUUAACAAAUGGCUCACAUGACCACAAACAGACAUCUAGCUCAGCACAGGUGGUCUCCUCCCUUGUCGAGGAACGGACAGGAAAGACGAGAAGAGAGAUCAUUCAAAGCCGCUUCCUGGGUGAAGGGUCAACUGGCACUUUGGUGGUGCAAGAACAGAUCAUUAUUUCAAAACAGAACAGACCAGUUGCCAGUGAGAGGGAACAAUCAGGACUUACAAAAAGUGCCUCUAGUGUCCAAAAAUCUACCAUUAGUGACCUUUAUAACACAGCAACAACCACAUCUCAGACCAGUCAUGUUGACAGUCAGGCCAGCGCAGAAUCUAAGGUUUCUAAAAGCUUGUCUGACCAAAUUGGUCAAGCAAAAGAUGCUGCUAUCAGCAUUCACACCACUAAGACUGUAGAGAUCAAGAAUACUGCUCAUGUAGCUGAUGCUAAGCCUGAAGGGACAUCCGUUGAAGUUAAGUCAGUAUCAGAGACACAAGCAAACCUGGCUACUACUGGAAAACAGGUCGUUAAAUCAGGAAAGAACACUCCUGAAAAACGAACAAAGACAAGCAUUUUUGAAAAGGUCAUGGCGUGGAAUGCUCCACAAGAUCUGGCAGAUAUGAACAUAGAAGAGAGGGACAUUGGGGUGUUAGCCCCAGAAAGCACCGUUGAGGUAAAGUCCACUAAAAAUGUUGUUUCUAGUGGCAUGGGCAGUCUACUGAAUACUGCCAUUGGUACUGGUGUUGUUGAGUCUAACAUUGUCCAAAGUCAUGUUGAGAUAUCAGCUCCUGAAAGCACUGUUGAGGUUAAGACUACUAGAACAAUAGUUGGUACAAGUGCCAUGGAAAGUUUACUGAAUACUGGCAUUGCCACUAGUGCCGUUUUGUCUAACAUCGUCCAAGGUGAAAUUGAAACAUCAGCUCCUGAAAGCAGUGUUGAGGUUAAGACUACUAGAAGUGUUGUUGGUAGAAGUGCUAUGGAAAGUUUACUGAAUACUGGCAUUGAUACUAGUGCUGUCAAGUCUAAUGUUGUCCAAAGUCAAGUUGAGAUAUCAGCUCCUGAAAGCACAGUUGAGGUUGCGGCUACCAGAAGUGUUGUUGAUACAAGUGCCAUGGAAAGUUUACUGAAUACUGGCAUUGCUACUAGUGCUGUCGAGUCUAAUGUUGUCCAAAGUCAAGUUGAGAUAUCAGCUCCUGAAAGCACUGUUGAGGUUGCGACUACCAGAAGUGUUGUUGGUACAAGUGCCAUGGAAAGUUUACUGAAUACUGGCAUUGCCACUAGUGCCGUUUUGUCUAACAUCGUCCAAGGUGAAAUUGAAACAUCAGCUCCUGAAAGCAGUGUUGAGGUUAAUACUAGAACAGUAAUUGUGGCAAGUCCUAUGGAAAGUCUUCUGAAUGCUGGCAUUGCUACUAUUGCUGUCGAGUCCAACAUUGUCCAGAGUCAAGUUGAGAUAUCAGCUCCUGAAAGCACUGUUGAAGUUAAGACUACUAGAACAAUAGUUGGUACAAGUCCCAUGGAAAGUUUACUGAAUACUGGCAUUACUACUAGUGCCGCUUUGUCUAACAUCGUCCAAAGUCAAGUUGAGAUAUCAGCUCCUGAAAGCACAGUUGAGGUUGCGACUACCAGAAGUGUUGUUGGUACAAGUGCUAUGGAAAGUCUGCUGAAUGCUGGCAUUGCUACCAGUGCCGCUUUGUCUAACAUCGUCCAAGGUGAAGUUGAAACAUCAGCUCCUGACAGCAGUGUUGAGGUUAAGACUACUAGAACAGUAAUUGUGGCAAGUCCUAUGGAAAGUCUUCUGAAUACUGGCAUUGCUGCUAGUGGUGUCGAGUCUAAUGUUGUCCAAAGUCAACUUGAGAUAUCAGCUCCUGAAAGCACAGUUGAGGUUGCGACUACCAGAAGUGUUGUUGGUACAAGUGCUAUGGAAAGUCUGCUGAAUGCUGGCAUUGCUACCAGUGCCGCUUUGUCUAACAUCGUCCAAGGUCAAGUUGAGACAUCAGCUCCUGAAAGCAGUGUUGAAGUUAAGACUACUAGAACAAUAGUUGAUACAAGUGCCAUGGAAAGUUUACUGAAUACUGGCAUUGCUACUAGUGUUGUCGAGUCUAAUGUUGUCCGAGGUCAGGUUGAGAUAUCAGCUCCUGAAAACACAGUUGAGGUUGCAACUACCAGAAGUGUUGUUGGUACAAGUGCCAUGGAAAGUUUACUGAAUACUGGCAUUGCCACUAGUGCCGCUUUGUCUAACAUCGUCCAAGAUCAAGUUGAGAUUUCAGCUCCUGAAAGCAGUGUUGAGGUUAAGACUACUAGAACAGUAAUUGGGGCAAGUCCUAUGGAAAGUCUGCUGAAUACUGGCAUUGCCACUAGUGUUGUCGAGUCUAACACUGUCCAAAGUCAAGUUGAGAUAUCAGCUCCUGAAAGCACUGUUGAAGUUAAGACUACUAGGACAAUAGUUGGUACAAGUCCCAUGGAAAGUUUACUGAAUACUGGCAUUGCCACUAGUGCCGUUUUGUCUAACAUCGUCCAAGGUGAAGUUGAAACAUCAGCUCCUGAAAGCACAGUUGAGGUUGCGACUACUAGAAGUGUUGUUGGUACAAGUGCUAUGGAAAGUUUGCUGAAUGCUGGCAUUGCUACUAGUGGUGUCGAGUCUAAUGUUGUCCAAAGUCAAGUUGAGAUAUCAGCUCCUGAUAGCAGUGUUGAGGUUAAGACUGCUAGAACAGUAGCUGGUACAAGUGCUAUGGAAAGUUUGCUGAAUGCUGGCAAUGCUGCUAGUGCUGUUGAGACUAGCAUUGUUCAAAGUCAAGUUGAGACAUCAGCUCCUGAAAACACAGUUGAGGUGAACACCAGUAGAUUUACAGUUGGUACAAGUGCUAUGGAAAGUUUGCUGAAUGCUGGCAUAGCUACUAGUGCUGUUUUGUCUAACAUCGUCCAAGGUGAAGUUGAGACAUCAGCUCCUGAAAGCAGUGUUGAGGUUAAGACUACUAAAAAUGAAAAUAGCACGGUUCAGGGUGUAGUUUUGAUGCCUGUGCCUGAAGAUGUAGUUGAUAAGAAGACAAGCAUUUCUGAGGGUGUGGUAGAGUCGGCUAAACUUCAGAUUGUAGCUGAGGUGGCCACUUCUGGAAGCACAAUGGAAGUAAAGACAAGUGAAAAGAUGAUCGAGACUACAAACACUGAAAGCGUAUCAACAGUCCAGACAGAUGAGGUGGUUGCACCAGAGAGCAAGGCCACCGGAAUAGUAGGUGACUCUGGUAGUCCAGACACUCUACUAAAUACCACGAUGGCCGAAGGCCGUGUACUGGAGAGCAUAGCUGAGGUGAGCAUCCCUGAUCCUGCUGCUCAGUUGAAUAUUUCUCAGAGUGGCAGUGUUGAGGCCUUAGCCACUGCGAAAAAUGCAGUGAAUAGUCAGAAUCUCAGCAAUAGAGACAAUCGGUUGUCCAAUGGAACCAAGAACAGGUUUGAGCUCCUGUAUGUAGGGUCAGGUGCGAGUACAACAAGACAGAAUCCAUACCUCAAUCAGUCAGCUUCCGCAGGACAUACUGAUAUGCCCAUUGUUGGUGAAGGUACUGAGGGGUUAACCUUGGAUGGCGUGCCUCGCAAUAGUGGUAGAAGCAGUCAAGUCAUUAUUGGCAGUUCCCAACGAGAAGCCAGGAUCAGUCAGCCGCGAAAGACAACCAACACAGAGGGAAGAGCCAAGGGCAAAAGCAUCAGUCCAAGUAGAGAACAGGGAAUGACUCGCCAGAGAAAAACUAGUCCCAACAGAAAUGUGUAUAGCAGUCCAGGCUCUCAGCGAACGAGGUUGAAUAGCACUGGCAGCGUGGGGUCGGACUCGGGAAUAGGCAGUAUAGGGUUGGGCAGCUUCUCCAGUCCCGCCAAGCCCGGAGUGGCCACUAGCGCCGGCACUGGUGUCUGGAUCAUGAGCUCAGAUAAUGAUAGUCCAUACACCAUCAGCACCAGAAGCAGAGGCAGUGGGGAUAAGAUUACCACCUAUGGGAGCGGAAUGAGCUCAGGCAGAAUCAGCACCACAGGAAGCGGAAAUAGAAUCAGCACAGGGAGUGGUGGGAGGAUCAGCAAUUCUGGAAGUGGGAAUAAAAUCAGCUACGCAGGAAGUGGGAAUAGAAUCAGCUAUGCAGGAAGUGGAGGGAGGAUCAGUAGCUCAGGAAGUGGAGGGAGGAUCAGCAGUGCAGGAAGUGGAAAUAGAAUCAGCAGUGCAGGAAGUGGAAAUAGAAUCAGCAGCGCAGGAAGUGGUAAUAGAAUCAGCAGUGCAGGAAGUGGUGGCAGGAUCAGCAGUGCUGGCACUGGGAACACCAGGAUCAGCAGCGGCACUCCCAUGGGCAGCUCGGCCAACAGGACGGUCAUCCGCAGCACCGGCAGCUCUGGCGGAGGGAGCAACCGAGACCGAAUCAGUGUCUGCAAGAUGGCCGCCCUCUCCAAAGCGGCUGCAGUAAAGGAGAAAACCAUGGAGAGCCAGGGUCUGCUGCAGUUGAAGUUGGGGAGCCUGGAAACAAUUGAUCCAGAUGAGGAGCUGAACAUACCAGCUGUUCCAUAAGACUUAGGAGGUCGCAUUUGUCUGUUAAUUAUUAUUCCGCACAUGACUACUUACUAUAACGAAAUGUGAAUGUGACUUCAUGGAUAUUGGAUUGUGUGUCAGUGUAGUUUUUGUUUUCUAGAACACAAAUCUGUUGUGAAGACUGUCAAUCAUAAGCUUUAUGUCAUGUUUUUUAUAUAUACUGCACUGCUUUGUUCUUAAUACCUUUAUAUAUUUGAUAUAGAUGAGAGUCUUAUUAUGUUUUUGUUUUCUAUAUAUCCAUUGCUUUAAAACGUUAAUCUUAAAUUGACUAAAGGUCAAUGGAUAAGACAAGUAAUGUACAGUUUGGUUAACCAUAUAAUGUAAUUGAUGAUAUUUUCAGACAUAGGGCAUUUCAGGGUCACAAUUACUGUUACUGUUGCAUGGCUGAAACAUACAAAUCCUAUAAUAUUGUAAGUGUGGAAUUGUCUUAAAAUAAAGUUGGAAUAUUAACUGCU